AUGCAAACAUUAUUAUAAACUUUUCAACAGAAAUUAUCCUUAUCUUUUUCAGUUGUUAAAGAAUCUACUCCUUAAAUUUUGUUUGGCAUAAGUCUCCUAUCUUGUUUAUACCUUUUAAAUUAAUAAUAAAAAGAAGAAAAACAAAUUGAACCUGAAAAGACCGAAAUAAAAUAAAAAAAAAAAGCAUCCAGCCAAAAAAGUCUGGAUCAUAAUAAGCCUCAAUUAAAUGAUGUGAUACAAGAUCUGAAAAAAAGCUAAAAGAAAUUAAACAAAAAAAUGAACAAGCAAUUUGAUGAUUCAAUUGACUACACAGAAGAAAACAUACCCAAAUCACCUGAUUACAGUGUGAUUUCAGAAAUAGAUCAGAAAUAUUUCUUAGAGAUGUUUCAAAAUUAAAAAAAAUCGAAAAGGGCCUACUAAACGGAUUGCGAAUCAUCACCUAUUAUAUCAUUAAGAGGAUUUAGAAGAAAUUAAUAAUUAAUAGGAGAAGAAGAUAAAAAAGGAGAAGAUAGAUUGUUUUAUAUUCUGAAAUAGCGUGUCAUUGAAUAAGAAGAAAAGGAAAACGAAAUUGAUGAAGAUGAUUAUUGA